UCCUAGACGCGGUGUAAUACUUCGCAUCAUCCUUGCAUGGGCGCAGUCCUUAAAUAGCCAAAACAUCGUUCAUUGAUUAAAGACAGGUGUUCUUUGUUAACGGCACACGUGCUGGAGCUCGUUAGGCGUGCGCGCCCAAGGCGCGCCUUCAGGUGCAUGUGCUAAGGCGUGCAGGACUGACACUGUUCUGCACAAGCGCACUAGAAAGCAUGUUCAAGCUGCCAGUGUCGCUGCAGUCUUUUAAGUUGCGAAUUACAAGUAUUUCCUCAUGUUAAUAAUUCGCCAUGUCAAAACAAGCAAAACUUUCCUCCUUCUUUCGACAUGAAGAGAGGUAAGCAAUUUAUUAUAUAUUUUUUUUCCCAUCAAAGUUGCAUUUUGUGGUUUCGAAGCUAAGUUUUAGUGUCGUUUCUAGAACACAGCAUCAAGAAAACGUGGAAGAAACAGCAAUAAUGGAAGAGCCGGUUCCUAAGCUACCUAAAACUAGCAGUGGAGAACCCACUAUGAUGAAAUCAGAAGAGAUUGAUCAUGAGAAUUCGGUACCUACAAGAAGCUCCAGUGGUCAGCCAACUUCAUCUGGUAUUCCCUACACUUGCAAACAAAGACAAAAACCAAUUUACCACUGCUCAGAGUGUGGGAAAAGUUUUAAAUACAGAAGUGCUCUACAAUCACAUCAGCGCAUUCACACAGGAGAAAAGCCUUAUUGCUGCACAGAGUGUGGAAUGAGAUUUUCACAUGAAGCUAAUUGCCGAAAACAUCAGCGUAUUCAUUCAGGAGAAAAGCCGCAUCACUGCUCACAGUGUGGAAAAAGCUUUAGGGAUAUAGGAAGCCUCAAAACACAUCAGCGCAUUCACACAGGAGAGAAGCCGUAUCACUGUUCAGACUGCGGGAAGAGUUUUACUGAACGUGGAAAUCUUGUAAAACACCAGCGCAUCCAUAAAGGAGAAAAGCCCUAUUACUGCACAGUGUGUGGAAUGAGUUUUACCCAAGAGGGUAAUCUCCAAAGACAUCGGCGUGUUCAUUCAAAAGAACAGCCAUAUCUCUGCUCACAGUGUGGAAGAAGCUUUAGGGAAAGACAAACUCUCAAAAUACAUCAGCGCAUUCACACAGGAGAGAAGCCGUAUCACUGCUCACAGUGUGGAAAAAGCUUUAGGGAUGCAGGAAGCCUCAAAACACAUCAGCGUAUUCAUACAGGAGAGAAGCCGUAUCACUGCUCAGACUGUGGGAAGAGUUUUACUGUUAGUGGAAGUCUUGUGAAACACCAGCGUAUCCACACAGGUGAAAAGCCCUAUUACUGCACUGAGUGUGGAAUGAGUUUUACACAAGAGACUAAUCUCCAAAGACACUGGCGUGUUCAUUCAGAAGAAAAGCUGUAUCUCUGCUCACAGUGUGGAAGAAACUUUCGGAAUGGAGGAACUCUCAAAGCACACCAGCGCAUUCACACACAAGAGAAGCCGUAUCACUGCUCACAGUGUGGAAAAAGCUUUAGGGUUAGAGGAGCUCUAAAAAGACACCAGCGCAUUCACACAGGAGAGAAGCCGUAUCACUGCUCACAGUGUGCAAAAAGCUUUAGGGAUGCAGGAAGUCUCAAAAUACACCAGCGUAUUCACACGGGAGUGAAGCCAUAUCACUGCUCACAGUGCGGGAAGUUUUUUAUCGAUAGUACAACCUGUAUGAAACACCAGCGCAUUCACACAGGAGAGAAGCCAUAUUGCUGUUCGGACUGCGGGAAGAGUUUUACUGUUCGGGGAAAUCUUUUACAACACCAGUAUAUCCACACAAGAAGAACCCCUAUGACUGCACCGAGUGUGGAAUGAGUUUUACACAAGAGGCUAAUCUCCAAAGGCAUCAGUGUGUUCGUUGCGGAGAAAAGCCAUGUUGCUGCUCACAUUGUGUACUGAGCUUCAAUUAUUCAAGUGUAUUUAAGAAACACAAGUGCAUUAUAGCAGACCUGUUCAUAUGUAACACAUAAAUUUGCCAAGUCAAGAAAUAUUAUUAUUAUUAUUAUUAUUGCUGUUAUCAGGGGUGUAACAAUAAACUCCAGUCGCAAUUAA